CGACAUGUAUUCGCAUGCGCACAGCUACAUUUUUACCUCCACACAAACAUGGUUCAGUUUCGUAACUAAGACAGUUUGACCAGUAAAUUUCUUUUUAUAAGUGACACAUCAUCGAUAUCCAAUUGACUUUUUGACGGAGUGUUUUCUUUCUAAAUGAAUAAGAACAAGUCGUAGACUCGCAAUGUCAGACGUGGAUACAACAACUCAUUCAAUGGAAGAUAUGUCGAUGACGUGUAACUCUAAAGACAACUUAGGAAAGCCGAACUUACAAACAGACCAAAAGGAUGACCAACUGGUAUUUCCAGAGCCCCCUGAGGAUUGGCAGUUUAAUAAAUUCAUUGGAGAACUUGCUGACAACAUUGGUAUGAGAGACUUGGAAAAGCUGAAGUUACAAUUUUCAGUAUGACGAGGGUAAUGUAUCAUUGAUGGACGUGACUCGAAAAUUUGAGGGUGGUGGAUCAGCAGGUAACCAGGCCCACCAAAAAGAAGUCAGAUACAGGGUGAAGUCGAAAGCAGACACGAUCUAACUAUGAAGAUUAGCGGAACACCAACCUAAGAAUCUCCGGUUUUCACCGAGGAUGGUGCUGGUGGAAUUUCCUCUUCUGUCCUAGACUCAAUCAAAGAUGUGCGCACUUUGUUCACGUUGUUAAAGACGAAAAAAUAUUUAAACAGGGAAAACAUGGUAUAUUUACAAGUGAUGCUACAAAUCGCUGGACGGAUUGAUCUUGUUGAACAAGUAAUCGAUUUUUCCAGAGAAAUGGGAAACACUCUCUACUUCUAUGCUGCAGCAGGCGAACCAGAAAACGGAUAUAAAUACGUCAAAAUGCACGUCCAGGGAAAGGACUUCAGUAACUGCACAAGCCAGUACAUAGAAGACCUCAGAAAUCGCCUUUCCCGAGUACUAUUUGUGCCUACCCAGUAUGUUAUAAUUGCUGGGAUUGAGCCCUCAUCAAGUUUGCUGAUUACAUUCAUGGUUCCGGCUAAGUACGUUGAGCUCAUGGAAAGACGGUUAUUCGGCGGGGAUACCUACCCGGAAUUACACGUUCUGGGCAUAGAUAUUAUUUUAAUUGGGGAGAAUGCCUUCAAUUUGACUGGACUAACUGACACAACGUUGGUUGCUACAGAACAACAAGAAAAGUUAUCCAGUGUAUACAAACAACUGCAAACCGCACUUGAAAACCUUGAACGGUCUGAUCUAGAAAUUGUCAGAAUGUCAAACGAUAUAAAUCGUAUCCGAAAUGAGCAUACCAAAAUAUGCUCGCAGCCAAAGCUAUUGUAAGGACAUUUGAAGACAUGUUAAAGAAGCAAGAAAAAGAAUAUUCACGACAAAUUGAUAUGCAAGAAUUGCACAAUCGAGUGCAGGAAUUUGAGGAGUCGCUGAAAACAGUAACUGAAGUAAAUAACAACAAGCAAUUGGUUGAAAACAUUGUUAAUCAGCAUUCAGAACUGGUCACAUCGUGGAUGAGCGUAUGGUUCACUGAAAGAGAACAAAGUAUGCAAUCCAAACUUCGAAGUCAGGCAUUAGAAAUGAUUGCGAUGGAUGUGCAGCUAACAAAAUACAAGUAUCUUGCCUCCAUAGAAUUGGAACAGCUAGAAAAAGACCUACUCGAAAUGAUUCAAUCACUUGUCGCAAAAUUAAAGGAAGGAGUUGUUGUAGAACAAUUUGUUGAAAUAAACGAGACGGUACUUGCCAUUCUUCGAAAGAUCAGCAGAGGACUACGGCACAAGGAAAAACUAAAGCUUAUUAAAAAGUAUGUCUGGACAGAUGAUGACCCAAUUAAAGCAGACAUGGAUCGUGAUCAGUCGUACUUUUUGGCGGGUAUAAUAUACAAGGAGAUACAAACCAACCACAAACUUAUCCCAGUUGAUCAAUUUAUAUCUGAACUUCUCCUCGAUGUCGGCAGAGACGAUUUGAGGAAGACUUACAGCAGGUUGAUGAAAACGAGCUUCCCCGUUCGUUCGCCAACACCGACGAACUCACCGCCCGUGACGAGCACUGACAAUCCGCAAAUGUGGGCCGUUGUUACUAAAAUGGCCGGCGAAGUGAGCGAAAUUCAUCAGCGUAUGGCGUCUAUUGUUGGCAACUUCAAUACCGGGGAAGAUACACCGCUGUUUGGUUCAAAAUAUUUCCAGACAAGGGAGUCUUCUUCGGAUCGCUCGCCGUUUGGUUCGAAAUACUUCCAGACAAGAGAUCCUUCUACAGAUCGCGGGCGGACCCAGAGGCAACCAAAGUCUUUUGAGACGGAUUCGAAGUAAGUAUAAAAUACAUAAAUAGUGAACAUCCAGGAAGUUUUACAAAUCAACUGACUAUAAGUGUUAUUCACAGCUUCAAUGUGAUAUGUUUUCGUGAAAUCAAAAAUAAUUGUAAAUACUGAUCUUCUGUAAAGGUUUGUAGCUUUUGCAGCUACGAGUCCUAUUUUUACACUGCAUAUAUUGCAUUAAUUGCAAAAGAAUAAAAAUACUUGAUAUAAGUUUAUGUAAUAAUAUAUACCAUUUUCACAGUGUUAACAUUCAAUCGAGAAUAACAAAAACGCAUACUUAGUUGAAUAAUACGUACAUACCGUGUAAAUUUAGAAGUAUAACAAAACGUGUUAAUUAUAUAAUCACUUAUACCUAUUGCUUAAUCGUUUUCUUUACUUAUUGCAAAUCACUUGUUUCAAAUAACUUGAAAGGUUUAUUGAGUAUAGAAAACCUCACUGAUGCAAGUAACGCACGAUUGUUCAGUGGUAAAAAUACUGAUUAUUGAUUAAAGUUACGCUUUCUUGGGUUAUGAAGUUGUAAAUUGUUGGGUAGGAUAACCUUUCUAAAAAGGAUUUUGAACAAUUAUGGUGCACAUUUAUGCUCGUUUACAAAAGAGACCUACAUUGAAUGAAUUAUUGUCAACUCUUCGUGAAACUUGGUCAGAAAUGUGGCCCUAUGAUAUCUUAGCCUAGACAGUAACUGGGUUACGUUAUGUCAAAAAUUAGUUUAAACCUAUUAAGUAUAGCUGAUUGCAUUUCAAGUACUUACUACUUAUUUGAAACGCUUUCGAGUCUCUUGCCGGUGGGGAAGAUCUUAAGAACGCUCACACAAAGGUGAUUUACCUCCGGGUCGCUAGGCGGACACAAUUUCCAUUGCAUCCCAGCGACCUAUACAAAUUAGUCUACCAGGUAAACUUAAAAAAAACUUGUUCUCAUUAUAGAAGUUUUUUUUUUCAAUUCAUCAUAAAUUCAAUCGAGUUAAAAACUGGCUCGAAACAGUUGUUAAUCAUGGCCGCAAAAACGGUUAGGGUUGCGGAGCAGUUUUUCUUAUAUAUGUGUGUUGCAUUGGCAUAUCAGAAGAGAUUUAAAAUGAUUCUUGGUAAACAGUUAGGUCAUGAGCCUUUUUAUUUACAUAAACACCUGACCAAUACCGUGCAGCAAGCUCGUUUAUUGUUUGCUACAUAUUGUGAUUGUUUAAUUUAUCGUAAGAUUAUACAGUUGUUUUUUAAAACGUAUUUUACGUCAAUUUCCUAACACUUAACGUUGUUUAUUUGAUUUCAUAGUUUGUAAAAAGUGACAAUCAUGACCAUUGUCCGUUUUUUUUUAAACAAUGUGCCUUUUAUUAAUUUGUUUUAACUGAAAACGUUUUUGAUUCUGCAUUACUAUCGUAUGUAUAUUGCAUUUUCAUUUAACUUGGAAUACCCAUAUCAAAUAUUUAUGAUGGUUUUAGACCCUUUGAUAAUUUUGUAAUUUCAGUACAAUCGUUACAUGUGUAAUGUAAAACAAUGUUUAUCAUCAACCACUUAGUCAAAAUUAUACAAGUUGGUCAACUUUGGUCAACUUUGUUUCUUCACCUCCAAGUAGAUUGCUAUUAUUGCCUAACGUUUUAGAGCUAGUAAUCACUCUUUUCUUACUUUCUAAACCAAGGAGUAUAAAAUGAUUUCGUGUUCGAAAAUUUACCCUGGUUACCAUAAUAUGCGAUUAAACUUUAGUAGUAUAUUAUUUUUUUCCUGAAUAAUGGGGAAACUAAACAUUUUCGAAUACCCCUUUUUCGAAUAUGAGUCGCGUUCUGAGAAAACGGGGCUUAACGACACUUUACGCACAAGCAUUAUGCCCAGUUUUCUCAGAACGCGACUCAUAUUUGUUUUAAAUGUUAAAGUUGAUCAUGUGUUACAAAUGGUUGUUUUAUUAAGUAGAGAGAUAGUUCAUUUAAAUAAGGACAAUCGUGUCUUGUUCUGAGAAAAUUGGGUUUAAUGCAUGUGCGUAAAGUGUCGUCCCAGAUAAGCCUGUGCAGUCCGCACAGGCUAAUCAGGGACGACACUUACCGCUUUUAUGGUAUUUUUAGUUUCAAGGAAGUCCCUCUUUACCGAAAAUCAAGUUUAGGCGUAAAGUGUCGUCCCUGAUUAGCCUGUGCGGACUGCACGGGCUAAUCUGGGACGACACUUUACGCACAUGCAUUAUGCCCAGUUUUUUUUAGAACGCGACUCAAUUGAUAAUUAUGAUGAUUUGUAUGUGUUCUGGUUGCUGCGCCUGCAUGAUUCAUGUAUCUGAUUUAUGGCUUGUCGUAAGUGUAAUGCCCAUGUAUGAAAUCUAUCAACUAGCAAUACAAUCAUUUUCUGUAUGUAUGUAGCUGCAUAUAACUGUAUUUGAUAUGGCUGGUAUUGAACCGUUUCCAACACGUGUUUACUCUCGUCCAAUAAGAAUUUCUUAAUAGCUCACCAGAGACAACGUGCUCAUGGUGGGAUUUUGUGAUCUCUUUUGUCCGUCGGGCGGCGGUUUCCGUCAAAAUAUAUAUUAUGAACACUAAAGAGGCUUCAUUUAUUUUCAAAUCGACUUGACACUUGGUCAGACCAGUUUUCCCAGUUAUAUCUUGACUUAAUUUGAAACGGUGUAGCGUGGGUCAACGGCUAGGACACAAUGUAAGACAACGCUGGUAAAUACUAUAUAAGUCACAUUGUUUCGCCCUAUCAUCAUCAAAUUCGCUCAGCACAUACUAA